AUGUUGACCCUCUGGUCGCAGGAGGAGCUGCAGGUGCUCUCCAGGACCAACUCGACGCGCAAAGAUCGAUUCCGCGUCUACCCGGAGCGUUGGUUCAUCCUACUCUGCGCAUGUCUGCUGGCUCUCUCUAACGCAUCGCAAUGGAUCUCCUACCUCUCGAUCACGGCCACCACUGACGCUUUCUUCUGCGGCCGGGUGCAGUCCGAGGCGGACUCGUGCAAAAUUGGCUACUACUCGAACCAGAUCUUUCAGUUUGUCGGCAUGGCCACCGGCGUUGUGGGGCUCUACGUGACCGACAAGUACGGCAUCAAGUUGUCGCUGAUCUGCGGCGCGACAUUCAACGCGCUCGGGGCGGUGAUCCGCUUCUUCGCGUCGUUGCCGCAGAUGGAGAUGGGCGCGAGGGUGGCUGUGCUGCAUACGGGUUCCGUCUUUGCCGCCGCCUCACAGCCGUUCUUCUUGGUGCUGCCCCCGAAAAUCGCCGAAUAUUGGUUCCCGGAGAAUCAGCGGGCCCUCGCCAAUGUCCUCAGCUUUAUUGCAAACCCGCUCGGUGUGGCCGUUGGGUCGAUGCUGCCCACGCUUCUGAUCGACGAGAGUCACCCGACACCCGAGUCGUACGAGAUGCUGAAGCUGAACGGCAUCUUCCUCGCCCUCGGCACCAUCGUGUUCAUGUUGUCAGUUUGCAUCCGGCGAGGAUGUCCACCGACGCCACCCUCCCCCUCCAGCGCGCACCACAACGCCUUUUCACUGCGCCAGGGGCUGGCCAACAUUUUCAAGACGCCAUCUUACGUGAUACUUCUCGUCCCCUUCGGCCUCGCUUUUGCCAUCAACUGGUCGGUGUUCAUCGUCACCGACGCGAUCCUCGACUCGCUCGACUAUGGGCACAUGGCAGGCUACACGACGGCUCUGGCGGCGGUGGCCGGUGGGGUGUCUUCGAUUGUCGCUGGGAUGAUUGUGGACAGGACGAAGGCGUUCAAGGAGGUGAUCCGAAUCUGCUACGCCGGCAUCGUGGUCACCUCAAUUGCCCUGGAUGUGCUUCUCCACCACAAAUCUGGCGACUCGCCAUGGAUGAAGGCGCUCAUGAUCUUGCUCUUCAUCAGCCUGGGCGCGUUUUGCAUACCGAUCUUCCCAAUUGGUAUCGAGCUGGGCGUCGAGAUGACAUUUCCGGUACCCGAGGCGACGUCGAGCGGCGUUUUGGUCAUUUUUGGAAAUGCCCUAAUGUUCGCCGUAUCGUUUGGGAUGGACCUGUUGGCAGAGAACGUGAAGGGCUACUUUAUGCAUUAUCCAUUCACCAACAAUUAUUGGCUUGCCCUCGACUUUUGGUGCGUCCUCAGCGUGAUCGGCCUCCUCAUUGUCGUCUUCGCGCUGAACCCAAAGUAUAAACGCCUGGAGUUUGAGCAGACGGCGAUCGCCGACAGCUGUGCCGAGAGCCACACCGACAGGAAGGGGAGUGGCAGUCAGGCGACGGAAGUGACGAAUUUCUCACAGAACGCCAACGAUACGAGCACGAAAAAAGAGCGGAAAACGUCAGAGAACCAGGCUACGAUCUACCGGCUC